UCCUCUUCGGCAGUCCUCCCCAACAUGGCGCAGUCGAUUAACAUCACGGAGCUGAAUCUGCCACAACUAGAAAUGCUCAAGAACCAGCUGGACCAGGAGGUGGAGUUUUUGUCCACGUCCAUUGCUCAGCUCAAGGUGGUACAGACUAAAUAUGUGGAAGCCAAGGACUGUCUGAACGUGCUGAAUAAGAGCAACGAGGGAAAAGAAUUACUGGUCCCACUGACGAGUUCUAUGUACGUCCCCGGGAAGCUGCACGACGUGGAGCACGUGCUCAUCGACGUGGGGACGGGCUACUACAGAUUAAACUCUGUCAUCAGGCUUGUGUGGCUUUUAGCUGUUAAGCCAUUUCACAAACCCCCAGGGAACCAACUGCCUGAGGCUUUCUACCUCCAUGAUGUGACUGCUCCUUCUUUUCUUGUAGCUGUCAUGGAAAUGAUGAGCCAGAAGAUUCAGCAGCUCACAGCCCUGGGGGCAACGCAGGCUACUGCCAAGGCGUGAGAAUGUGCUGUAGAAAUGAAGCAGAGAGGAACCCUUUUUCAAGGGGCCUGGGACUUUUUCCGGCAAUGGCCUCCUGGGAAAGUAUCUGGGAAGAGGGUCUUGUGUUUAAUGUUAAUAAAUGUGCCAGCUGCGCAAA